UAAACCACAGAGAACAGACGUUUAUCUUAUUGUUGGCAGCUGUGUAAAAUUAAAAAACCGUCAAUUCAAAUGUGAGUGGUUCUGCUCCUGGUAGGCGGCGCUACUGUUGCUCAGAAAUUCCCAUUCCAUUUGACGUUUGUCAAUCGCGAUCAUAACAAAGGAACAUAACCUAUCUUUUCAUCAGUCGAUAAACUUAUCAUGGGUCGCAAAUGUGAGUUCUACUGGUGCGGAAAUCAUCAAGGAACCAGUGUUUCCUUCCAUCAGUUUCCGCAGGAUAAUCAAUUGUGUCAUGAUUGGGUGCAACGGUGCGGUUCCUUAGAAGCUACCCAAAAGUUUGCAGCAUAUGGGGCAGCUGCGUUCAAAAACAAACGCAUUUGUUCGGAACAUUUUCCACUCACAGCAUUUAAGGAAUCCAGCAGGAAGGAGAAAGGGUUACUGCCGAACGCAUUACCUUCACUUUGGUGCUCCAACAAUAACAGUGAAUACGGCAAAGAAUGCGGGGGAACAUCGAACACUGCUGGCACGGAAUUCGUGGCGGAAUCACCUCAGUAUUCGGAUGACGAUCCGACGAGCGAACCGAUAGAGUUUCUGGAAGGAGAAUCGGAUUAUCAAGAAUGGGAGAGUUAUUGUAAAUCAUCCGCCAGUGUCCGUGAUACAUCUUUCGUCGGGAAUGAUGUGUCUACCGAAGGGACCUCACAACUCGGAACAUCACUCUCUCAUCCGACCAAUUCAUCAUUCGAUGACAUCAACACGACGUUGCCAAUAUCAGAAUCCAUUCUAGGAUUCCACACGGUAUCGCUCCAAAUCGACCCAGUGUCAAGCAACUACCAGAUCUCAACCUUGUCCUCACCAUCUGAAAUAAAACAGAAUGAUGACGAUCUGACGGGAAAUUGCGUGAGUGGUCAUUACGAUCUUCAUCCUCAGCUAUGUGUGGUCAACGAUAUCAUUAAAACACCAGCAACAGAUAAAGAUAGCAUGCUGUACUCAACCGUGGAAUCCGGUGACUCAGCACUGAUAAGUCUUUUGAGUUCAUCUGCUACGAGCCGCGAUGAAAGUUAUAGAGCUCAGAUACAGGUGCAAAACGAGACUAUACAAAGCAUGAGGGAAAAACUAAGGCAUGUGAAACGAAAAUUAUUCGUUUCAAAUCAAACCGGACAAAGACGGCUUAAAAGUGCCUUCAAAGCCAAACGAGAAAACGCUGCUCUUAAAAAGGAAUUAAAAGCAACAAAGAAAAUCAAAACGGAAAACGAAGAACUGGGUGCAAGAGCGAGGAAAAACCCAGUAGUUCUGGAUAUAAUAAAAAACUCUACGCGCAAACCAAAAGGUAGGAGGUACAACUCGACCACAAUGAAGUUUGCUGCUGGUACGUACUUAAGUGGCCCUCGAGCGUACAGGUACGUCAGGAACUCUGAACACGUGGUACUCCCUCACAAAAGCUCGGUAUAUAAUUACAAUAAACAUGUACGCCUGCAACCAGGAAUAAAUAGUUCAUUGCUCACUGCCAUAAAAAGAAAAGUUCGCGAAAUGCAACACAAAAAGAACAAAAUCGUAACUCUCACUUGUAACGGGAUGUCCAUAAAAAAAGAUUUGUCAUAUAGCGCGAAAGCCGACGUAUUCCAUGGCUUUCCAGACGACGGAAUACCAAGAAAAGUUGAAGGUAACGAUCCCAGCAUUUUGGCAACGGAGGCCGUUGUUGUCAUGGCAUCUGGGAUGUAUUCAAAGUUUAAACAGGUAAGAUAUGGCGUUGUCUUUUUUGUCAAAUUAUGUUAUUACAGCCAAUUAUGUUAUUACAGCCAAUCGGAUAUUACCUGGCGCAUAACAGCCUUGGAAGCAAAGGUUUGUUCCAGUUACUGCAAGCAUCUGUUCGUGCUGUUGUGAAAUGCGGAUUGAAUCCUUUGGUUAUAACGAUGGACCAAUCCAGCACGAACAUCAAAAUGGUGCAGGAGCAUCAAAUUUCGUCAGAUCAUCCAAAAAUAGAAAUUGAUGGUCGAGAAAUAUUGAUCAUGUAUGAUUCGCCGCACCUAAUGAAGAAUACCCGUAACGCUAUAUUUAAACACAACGCUGUGUUUCAAAGCAAAAUAGCAACAUAUCAACACAUUCGUAAACUCUACGAUUUAGAUGUAUCGUCACCUUUGAGGCUUGUGCCGAAGCUCCAAAAGAGAUGUAUCGACCUCCCUCCGUUCGCAGCAAUGAAUGUGGCCUUAGCUGCCAGGACGCUCAGCGAAUCCUGUGCGACAGC